UCUACCCAUGCCUUCUCUCAUCUCUCUCCCCCCUCUCUCCCCUCUCUCCUACACAGACGCAAAUACGCAGCUUUUUCAUGGAAUCUCCAAAUCGCUGUUCGGUUAUCAUCGUCGGAGCAGGAAUUUCAGGCAUAUCGGCAGCGAAGGUGUUGGCAUCGAAUGGAGUGGAGGAUAUUUUGAUUCUAGAAGCGUCGGAUAGCAUAGGAGGGAGGAUCAAGAAGCACGAUUUCGGUAGCCUAUCGGUGGAGCUUGGUGCCGGUUGGAUUGCCGGUGUCGGUGGAAAAGAAUCUAAUCCUGUUUGGGAGCUCGCUGUUCAAUCCGGUCUUCGUACCUGCUUCUCCGAUUACAGCAAUGCUCGUUACAACAUUUACGAUCGAAGUGGGAAGAUAUUUCCGAGUGGGGUGGCCGCUGACACGUAUAAGAAGGCGGUCGAGUCGGCGAUUCAAAAGCUACGUACCGAUCAGGACAGCCUUCUUACUGCUGACGUCUCCGAUGUUCCGGAACUUUCCACCAUACCAGAAACGCCUAUUGAGCUGGCCAUUGAUUUUAUUCUCCAUGAUUUCGAAAUGGCUGAAGUUGAGCCAAUAUCAACAUACGUUGAUUUUGGGGAAAGGGAAUUCUUGGUCGCAGAUGAGAGAGGUUACGAGCACUUGCUGUACAAAAUGGCCGAGGAAUUCUUAUUUACAUCAGAUAGCAAAAUCUUGGACAAUCGUCUCAAACUAAACACGGUUGUUCGGGAAUUACAGCACUCGAGAGACGGCGUUAAAGUGAGAACGGAGGAUGGUUGCGUUUUCGAAGCCAACUACGUAAUUUUGUCUGUUAGUAUUGGCGUCCUUCAGAGCCACCUCAUCUCUUUCAACCCCCACUUGCCUAGGUGGAAGAUGGAGGCCAUUCAGAAGUGUGAUGUUAUGGUGUACACAAAAAUCUUCUUGAAGUUUCCAUAUAAGUUUUGGCCUUGUGGUCCUGGAAAAGAAUUCUUCAUAUAUGCCCAUGAACGAAGAGGCUACUACACAUUUUGGCAGCACAUGGAGAAUGCAUACCCAGGGUCAAAUAUUCUUGUUGUGACCUUGACAAAUGGAGAAUCCAAACGCGUUGAAUCCCAAUCAGACCAAGAAACACUGAGAGAAGCAAUGGAAGUUCUUAGGGACAUGUUUGGGCCUGAUAUUCCAGAAGCUACAGACAUACUUGUGCCACGCUGGUGGAACAAUCGAUUCCAGCGUGGCAGUUACAGCAACUACCCCAUCUAUGCCAAUCCUCAAAUGGUACAAAACAUCAAGGCUCCUGUGGGACGGAUUUAUUUCACGGGAGAACAUACAAGCGAAAGGUUUAGUGGUUAUGUCCAUGGUGGCUACCUAGCAGGUAUAGAGACGGGAGAAGGGUUGUUGGAAGAGAUAAAGAGUAGGGAGAAGGAACGUAUUUUAGAACCGUUGAUAGCAGUAACAUUGUCACAAAAAUGCGAUGAGAUUCAUAGACAAGUACUUUUCCAUGGUAAUAGCAAAAGGGAGGCCAUCUUAUGACCGACUACAAAAGCCACCAGUCGAUAUAUAAAUAUAUAGAAAAACAACCGAAAGAUGAAAUGGGCAGAAAGAUCGAUGGAUAAAAAAGCGUUUAGGGGCUGGGUGUUUAUGUAGUGAAAUUGAUAUAGAUUUAGAUGUAGUCUGGAAUGGAGUGAGUACAUACAUGAAGUAGUAGUGUUGGGUAAUUGUAGUUGAUGGAUUAAUUGUAAGAUGUAUUAAUUGGUUUGUUUUCAGCUACAAAGUUUCCAACCACAUAUAGUAUGUAGAUUCAAAAUUUUACAGA